UUGUGAGUUAUAUUUAACAAGAGAGCUAUAUUUUAAGUAGGACAAUCCUGUUUGGAUGUUAUUAUUGCAAUGUACUGUAUUUAACUGCAUUACAUUGAAAAAGCUUCUGAUAAGACAAAAUCUUUGGCAUAUGCAAUUAAAUAUUAUUACUACUACUUUUAGUUGUAGAUGUAAUAUGUAAUGAUAUGCUGCUUGUAAUAAUAGAACUACGCCUUAUAUUACUGUAUAAAUACUGUAAAAAUACUUUUUUUUGUAAAGCACAGAUACUAUACAAUCAUGAUAGAUAGCAUCAUCAUGAUGAUCAGCAGGUGACUUGUACCAAAACAUAGAUAAAAGCAAACUAGAAAUCAAACCAGUUUUUGAUGUUUAUUGGGAGGUCAUCAAGUCAGUUUCUAUAUAUAUUUAGAAUUUUGAAUUGGUUAUAUUUAAGUUUCAGUGUAGCUUCUAUUGCCAAAACAUUGUGAGUGUCGUGACACUUUCACAUUUACCCUGACCAAUCAGCGGUCGACUUUUGCUAACAUAGAUGAUAGCCAAUUAGAAUCAAAAGCGGCUUCUUUGGCCCGCCCCCUCGGGACGGUCCUUCAGGCAAUCAGCGUCACCUGUGGGCGGGACUAUGUGGUAAGCUUUUACCUGCUAACACCAACACACAGUGACAGAGUCAAUGACAAGCUACCGCUGGAGACACUAAAAGGGCUACAUCAUGGUCAGGUAGCUGUUGGGAGCCAUGGGCCUGUUUUUCAGACAGCUCGUCCUCCUGCUCUGGAAGAAUAUCACAUACCGCAGGAGAAACAAGAUCCAGCUGAUCAUCGAGCUCCUCUGGCCACUCUUCCUCUUCGUCAUCCUCAUCUCUGUUCGUCAGUCGCACCCUCCUUAUAAACAGAGCCAAUGUCACUUUCCAAACAAAGCCUUGCCAUCAGCCGGGGCAUUGCCCUGGAUUCAGGGCAUAAUCUGCAACAUCAACAACCCCUGCUUUCACAGUCCCACACCAGGGGAGACACCAGGACAAUUUGGCAACUUUAACAAUUCCAUACUGUCUCGUCUCUUUGUGGACACCUUUACUGUUCUGUCCUACAGUGGAAACCGGAGCUUUUCGAGCUUUCAAGACCUGAUGGGAAGCAUCCGGAGGCUCAGAGAAAGACCUGGAGUCUGGCCAAUUGAAACAGUGGAGGAUUACAUGAGAGCCAAUGAGACACUGUCCACCUUCCUCCUGACCAAUGGCAGCCUGUCACCUGCCACUGUUGACCAGCUGAUGAAGGCUCGUCUUAACUUUCAGGUUGCUGCAGCUGGAGCUCAGAUGCAGCUGAAGGACCUGGUGUGUAAUGCCACCAUGUUAAGACAGUUUCUUAUGGUGGAUGGAGGACAAGCUGUGAUGAAUGAUCUUCAGAAUCAGCUGUGUAACCUGCCUGCCGACAUUCUUCAAGAAGCUGAGCGCCUCUUUCUCUCUCAGCUUGACUUCUCCAAGUUCUUCACGAGAGAUCGUCUGAUGGCGAAUGCUAGAGACAUCAGGGACAUCAGCCAGUCUGUCACAUCAGUGUCCCAGGAACUGGCUGUCCUCAUGGAUGACGUUUCCUCCCUCUCCAGCUUUGCGGAGAUGAGUGCUGCUCUCCGUCUUCUGUCUCCAGAGAAUCGCACAACACUGCCCAAAAAGAGCUUUCAAGCUUUUUCGAGAAUCAUGUGUGGUCACCCUGAGGUUGGCGGUGAACGAAUCCCAUCACUCAACUGGUAUGAAGACAACGACAUCAAGUCCUUCUUAGGCAAAAACGGCACUGAGGACUCUGACACUGACCGUAACAACGACACCACUCCUUUCUGUAAAGCUUUGAUCCAUGGUCUAGAAUCCAACCCGCUUUCUCGCAUCGUGUGGCGAGGAAUCAAACCUCUCUUUAUUGGAAAACUGCUGUACACACCAAACACUCCUGUAAUACAACAAGUCAUGAAAGAGAUGAACAAAACCUUUGAGGACCUGCAGAUCCUCCAGCAGCUGAAUGAAGCCUGGAUGGAGGUGGGACCACGCGUCAAGAACUACAUGGAGAGCAGUGCAGAGAUUCAACUGCUGAAGGAUUUGUUAAGGAGGCCAGAAAUUGCAGUACUGGUGAACCUGCGUUUACAGAACACGUCAUGGACGGCCUCGCGGAUCUCUCGUUUUCUGUCCACACCCUCACCAGAUGCCAGCAGAAAUCCAGGAGCACCACCAACCUGGUUGGACAUCUACAACGACGUCAGCCACACUAUCUCCACUCUCGCACAAGUCACUGAGUGUUUCUCUCAGGACAAACUGGAGGGGCUAGAAACUGAGGGUCAGUUGAUUGUCAGAGCUUUGGAGCUUCUGGAGGACAGGCAGUUUUGGGCCGGUGUCGUCUUUCUCCUGCCUAAUUCCUCAUCUCCUGAGCUGCCGCCCCACGUCACCUACAAGAUCCGAAUGGACAUUGAUGAUGUUACCCGGACCAAUAAGAUCAAGGACAAGUUUUGGGAUCCUGGCCCAGCAGCUGACCCAUUUAAUGACAUGCGCUACAUCUGGGGUGGAUUUGUUUACGUCCAGGACCUGGUGGAGAGCGCGGUGAGUCGAGUCCUGACUGGAGUUCGACAGACUACUGGCAUCUACAUCCAGCAAAUGCCCUACCCCUGCUAUGUGGACGAUGUUUUCCUACGAGUACUGAACCGUUCCCUGCCACUCUUCAUGACGUUAGCCUGGAUCUACUCGGUUGCUAUGAUCAUCAAAUCUGUGGUGUACGAAAAGGAGGCAAGGUUGAAAGAAACCAUGAGAAUUAUGGGUCUGGGAACAGGAACUCUGUGGCUCAGCUGGUUCAUCAGCAGCAUGGUUCCUUUCCUGGUCUCUGCAGGACUUCUCGUUACUCUGCUCAAGUGGGGGGACAUCUUGCCGUACAGCAACCCAGCUGUUGUCUUUUUCUUCCUCACUGCAUUUGCUACUGCCACCAUCAUGCAGUGUUUCCUCAUUAGUACUUUCUUCUCCAAAGCAAACCUAGCUGCUGCCUGUGGGGGGCUCAUAUACUUUGGCCUUUACCUGCCUUAUGUACUGUGUGUUGCCUGGAGGGACCACCUCAACAGCACACACAGAGUUCUUGCGAGUUUUCUUUCUCCUGUGGCGUUUGGAUUUGGCUGUGAGUAUUUCUCUCAGUUUGAGGAGCAAGGUGCGGGCAUCCAGUGGUACAACAUGCGCUCUAGUCCUGUGGAAGGAGACUCGUACAGCUUCAUGAUCUCGAUUACCAUGCUUUAUGUUGAUGCCUUCAUCUACGCCACUGCUGCCUGGUACAUCGAAGCUGUGUUCCCUGGUGAAUAUGGGAUCCCGAGGCCUUGGUAUUUCAUCUUCCAGAUGAACUACUGGGGUGGAGUUCCCUUGGAGGCAGGCAUGCCAAUCCCACCAGCACCUUCAGAGCAGGAUGAAAAUCACAUUGAACCAGAGCCCAGUAACUUAAUCCUGGGUGUGAGCAUCAGAAACCUGGUGAAAAUUUACAAGAGGGGAGCAAAACUGGCAGUCAACCACCUCAAUCUGAAGUUUUAUGAGGGACAGAUCACCUCAUUUCUUGGCCACAACGGAGCCGGCAAAACAACCACCAUAUCUGUUCUAACAGGCCUGUUUCCUCCUACCUCUGGAACCGUAUACAUCAAGGGGAUGGACAUUCGCCAUGAUAUGGAUAUCAUCCGAAGGACACUGGGAGUCUGUCCACAACACAAUGUCCUUUUUGACAUACUAACUGUGGAGGAGCAUGUCUGGUUUUAUGGAAGUCUGAAGGGUUUAUCUGAAGCUGAGGUGAAAGAUGAGCUGGACACUCUGCUGGACGAUGUGGGUCUACUACACAAACGGCAUGAACAGACCAAAAACCUCUCUGGUGGUAUGCAGAGAAAACUGUCUGUGGCAAUAGCAUUUGUUGGCAGGUCUAAGGUGGUUGUUCUGGAUGAACCUACAGCUGGAGUCGAUCCUUACUCUCGCAGAGGGAUCUGGGAUCUGUUACUCAAAUAUCGCAAAGACCGGACUAUCAUCUUGUCCACUCAUUACAUGGACGAGGCAGAGCUGUUAGGCAAUCGGAUCGCCAUCAUCUCCCAGGGGAAGCUCUGCUGCUGCGGAUCACCACUUUUCCUGAAAUCCCAGCUAGGAUCAGGAUAUUACCUCACUGUGGUGAAAAGGGAAGGACUAAACACCAGCACUCCCAGCAAUACCAGUAUCUGCACCAGUACUGGUACUAGCACCAACAAGCUGCCUCCACUCAAGGAUAGUGAGUCAUCACUGAGUGAAGACACUGGUCUCGGAAGUGAAGACUGCAGCUCAAACCUGGCAGCAUUGCUUUCCCUGGUACAUCAUUACAUCCCAGGUGCAAGGUUGGUGGAGGAAUCAGGACACGAGGCAGUGAUCAACCUGCCGCAGGUAGCUGCUAAGGACAGAAGCCUGGCCAUAUUUCUGUCCGAACUGGACCAGAGGCUUCCUGAAAUGGGCAUCAGCAGCUACGGCCUUUCAGACAGCACACUGGAGGAGAUUUUUUUGCGAGUGGCCGAGGAAACGGGUGUGGAUGCUGAGCCUCUGCUGCAGGCUGAAUCUCCCCUCAGCCAACAACCAUCAGCAGGACAGAGAACAGAAAGACAGCCUGCUGAAGAACCAGAGACGGGAAGGAAAAGGCUUCAUAAGCAAGAGCCGCAGGAGACUGACUGUCUGAGUGGAGACGGUCGAGGUGGGAUCCCCCUGACUGGCUGGUGGCUGACCUGGCAACAGCUGAGGGCUCUCUUUGUUAAACGUUGGCUUUAUGCUCGGAGAAGCCGUAGAGGCAUCUUUGCUCAGGUCGUUCUACCUGCCAUGUUUGUCCUGAUUGCCCUUCUCUUCAGUCUCAUUGUACCGCCGUUUGGGAAGUACCCUGCUGUACAACUGCAGCCGUGGAUGUACGGACAACAGUACACCUUCUUCAGUAAUGAUGCCCCUGGGAACCCAGCCAUUGAGAACUUAUUGGAAGCUCUUCUGGACCAACCAGGCUUUGGUACCAAGUGCAUGGACACUGAGGAAGAAGACAACGGCACGAGCACUCAGUGUGAAGAUGAGCGGGGUGGUCCGUUCAUGCGACCACAGGUUUCUUACUCCACCUGGCAGAUGUUCAGCAGAGGCAACUGGAGCCGAGACCGACCCUCUCCUGAAUGUCAGUGUAGCACAGAGGACGUCCGACGGAUGCUCCCCGACUGUCCGCAGGGAGCGGGUGGACUGCCACCACCACAGAUUAGGAGACUGACUGGAGACAUCCUCCAAAAUCUGACCAGUUAUAACAUUUCUGACUACCUGGUCAAAACCUACUCUCAGAUCCUCAAGAAAAGCCUGAAACAAAAGAAGUGGGUGAAUGAAUUCAGAUAUGGGGGCUUCUCUCUCGGGGGCAGAGCCACACAGACUUUACCUCAUGCUAAUCAAGUCCAAGACGUGAUGAUGGCAAUCAGGACUCGUUACAGAGUAGCACAGAACAGUUCACUGAAUAAUCUUUUGAACCGACUACCUGAUAUUCUUGGAGAACUCCACAGUCAAAACAAUGUCAAGGUGUGGUACAACAACAAAGGUUGGCAUGCUAUGGUGUCAUUUGUCAAUGUGAUGAACAAUGGCCUGCUAAGAGCGAGCCUGCCGCCAGGGCCAGAAAGAAGGAGACACGGCAUCACUGCCUACAACCACCCACUCAACCUCACCAAAGAGCAACUCACAGAAAUGGCCAUGAUGACAACUUCAGUUGAUGUUCUGGUUUCCAUCUGCGUCAUCUUUGCCAUGUCUUUUGUGCCGGCCAGUUUUGUCCUUUUUCUGAUCGAGGAGAGGGUCAGCAAGGCCAAACACCUUCAGUUUGUCAGCGGGGUCAAACCGAUCCUCUACUGGCUGGCCAACUUCACCUGGGAUAUGUUGAACUAUACUGUCCCAGCCACCAUGGUGGUACUGAUCUUCAUCAGUUUCCAGCAGCAGUCGUACGUGUCUGAGACAAACCUGCCCGCUCUCAUCCUGCUGCUCCUCCUCUAUGGGUGGUCCAUCACCCCUCUCAUGUACCCAGCGUCCUUUGUUUUCACCGUCCCCAGCACAGCUUAUGUGGUUCUGACCUCCAUCAACCUCUUCAUUGGAAUUAAUGGCAGCAUCGCCACCUUUGUCCUGGAGCUGUUUGUAGAUGAGCAUCUGAAUGAAGUAAACCGGAUCCUGAAAAAGGUCUUCCUUAUUUUCCCUCAUUUCUGUCUGGGGCGGGGCCUCAUCGACAUGGCCAAAAAUCAGGCUAUGUCAGACGCCUUCCAGAGACUGGGCAGUAAACAGACUCUGGAUCCUCUACAAUGGGAUUUUGUCGGGAAGAACUUGUUUGCGAUGGCAGCUCAGGGUGUUAUCUUCUUCAUCUUCACCAUAAUGCUGCAGUACAAGUUUUUCAUACGCUUCAGGCCGUGGUGGGUUGAGCCCGAGAUGCCUCCUCUUGCUCCUGAAGACGAGGACGUUGCCAGGGAGAGACAGCGGGUCAAAAGUGGCCAAGCCCAAUCAGACAUCCUCACCAUGAUUGACCUGAGCAAGGUUUAUAAAUCAGGUAAGAAGCCGGCGGUGGAUCGCCUCUGCCUUGGGAUUCCACGCGGCGAAUGCUUCGGUCUGCUGGGGGUGAACGGAGCAGGGAAGACAUCUACAUUUCGCAUGCUGACUGGAGACACACCUAUCACCUAUGGAGAAGCUGUCCUGAACCAGUACAGUGUCCUGAGAGAAAUGGAGCAAGUCCACCAGUUGAUGGGUUACUGUCCACAGUUUGACGCCAUCAGUGACCUGCUGACAGGUCAGGAACAUCUGGAGCUGUACGCUCGCCUGCGCGGAGUUCCAGAGGAAUCUGUUUCCAAGGUGGCACAGUGGGGCGUGAAGAAACUUGGACUGACACAUUAUGCUGAGCAGGAAGCUGGAGGCUACAGUGGAGGCAACAAGAGGAAACUCUCCACUGCUAUCUCCCUUAUUGGGGCUCCACCGGUUAUAUUCCUGGAUGAGCCCACCACUGGUAUGGAUCCAAAAGCCAAACGAUUUUUGUGGAACUGUAUCCUGAGUGUCACCAAAGAGGGAAGAGCUGUGGUUCUUACCUCCCACAGUAUGGAGGAAUGUGAGGCUCUCUGCACCAGAAUGGCCAUCAUGGUGAAUGGCAGGUUCCAAUGUCUGGGCUCUGUUCAACACCUGAAGAACAGGUUUGGCGAUGGCUAUACCCUCAACCUCCGUUUGUCAGACGCUAACUCGAAUCCAGACUCGUGUCCCGUCAGCGCAUACAUGAAGAACUCUUUUCCCAGCAUUGAGCUGAAGGAGCGUCACCACAACGUGCUGCAGUACCAGCUGCCCUCCCAUGCCUGCUGCCUGGCUCAGGUCUUCGAUGUGUUGGCUAACAACUACGGGGAGGUGGGCAUUGAAGACUUCUCGGUUUCACAGACGACUCUGGACCAGGUGUUUGUCAACUUUGCCAAAGAGCAGACUGAUGACGGCUGCCUCACAGAUGUGCUCAUCAGCAAUGGGACAGUACAGAGCAACCAGGCUGGUCUGCCCGCCAGGGUUAACCCUCCCAUCAUCCAACCACAAUCACCAGUCACAUCGCCUCAGCAAAGCAAGACCACACAACAGCAUGCGACACCAUCUGACAGCAAACCCAAGGGAGGGAAAUCAAAAAAGACCACAUCUAGUAAGUGUAAAUCUAAAGAAGACAAAUCUACAGGAGAAAACAGCUGCUGUAUGGCUAUGACCAAAAUACCUCAGCCAGUAGAGCAGAACCAGGAGAUGUGUCCAAUAAGCCGGAGGAGUAGCAGCAGUUCAUCAGACAUCAGUAAAGGUGGAGUUCAGGGAGAACCCAGUGGAUCCCCACACAGAGGACAGAGCUCCAGUAAACAUCCUUCUGCACUUUUUAUAGUCGGCAGCAACACACAAGACAGUGAUCUGUGAAGUUACUGGUGAGCACAGGCAAAGGAAGCAGUUUGGACCAAUUGUAAGCAAAGAAACUUUUAUUCAUUUUAUAUUUAUUUGACUGUUGCUCAGUGUUUGCUGCAAAAUCAAUAUGUAACACAGGAGCAACUGAGCUGAUUUGGAAUCUCAGUAUGAAGUUAAUGUUAGGAAAUAUGGAAUUUUACAGUUAUCAGUUAACUAAACUGACUCUGAGUUUAGUUAUAAACUCAGAGUUUAGUUAACUAAAGGCCUCAGUUAGCAACAGUUACACUUUCCUAAUAAUGGCUUCGGUGCCUUGAUUGCUCAUCAACCAAUCCAUAGCUUUAUACCCUUGAUUUGGGUUUUAUCUACGUCUCAUCGUCUGUCCAAAAUUAGAAGUGAUAGUUGAUAGGAUAAUAUGUAAAUCUAAAUGUAAAAAUCAAUGGUUGGUGUUCCUCAGGGCUCAAUCAUUAGACUUGUCAGUCUCAUCUUUAUUACAGAAAGCACUUUAAAUAAGAAAAUGCUGCAAACACUCAUAAAAUGUCUCUACUUGCAAGUUUAUUCUUGUAUAAACAUUUAAUAACUAAGUGUUUUGUAAAUCAAGAAAAAAACAAAACUUUUUUAUGCUCUUCAUUUUGUGUCACUCUCCAAAUGAAGGUCCAUAAACCUCAUUGAAUUGUCUCACAGUAUUUAUAAAGUAUCAAGUCCAGGUCCAACAAAAAUCAUCACAACGUCACCUAUGUUUUACCAAUUGCUCCAAAUUAUGUGAAAAAAUAACAACGGCAGCAUUCAGUUUGAGCUUUUUAUUAUUAUUAUUAUUAUUAUUAUUGUUAUUAUUGUAAACUUAAGUUUGUUUGUUUUUUUAAUAACCCUUUCUUCUAUCAGAGAAAUGACACAGCUGGCAGAAUGUCCAAAGCAAGUUGUUACUGCACUAUAAUGCACAGUUACAUAUUUAUAUCAUCGCAUGAGACAGCAGUUGAUUUUCAUUCCCGAAUACAAACUGCUAACAUUAAAAUAAAAAAAAUAAAUAAAAAAAAGAUGGAAUUAUGCAAAACCUGAACAACAAGCUGGAUUUAUUCAACUGGUGUAUGCUGUAAAUGUGUUUGCAAAUUCUCCGAAUGUACCUUUAAGCUCCUGAGCCUGAAGAAUUCUACUUGAAUAUUAGUAAAUCUAUUCUAGUAUUUAUUGUACAGUACAUACUAACUGUACGAGUAUUGAAAAAACACGUAUAUAUGUGUGUUGUGAAUGGUUUGUCCUGAAGGAAAAUAAAAAAUAUUGUUUCCUGUAUCAACUUUUAAAAUAUUGUUGUUGUUUUUUUUGUUAUUUAUUCAACCAGGAAUAGUUGUAACCCUGACAGGGCAGGGUUACAACUAUACCAAACACUCCUAUUACAGACUUCAAUUUUAAAAAAACUUAAAAAGUAAGGAAAUUUGUGUUUGGUGAAUUAUUUCUUUGUUGUAACAAUGCUUCUUGGCAAUUAAUCUUGGAAAGCCUGUUUUUUCCCUUUUAAAUGGAGCCC